CCGCCUCUGGCCCAGCCCUCGGUCAGUCCCUACCCCGAGGCGGUGGAGCUGCAACGCCGGAGUCUGCCCAUCUUCCAGGCGCGAGGACAACUGCUGGCCCAGCUCCGAAACCUGGACAGCGCCGUCCUCAUCGGGGAAACCGGCUCCGGGAAGACAACUCAGAUCCCUCAGUACCUCUAUGAAGGGGGAAUUGGCCGCCAGGGAAUCAUUGCUGUGACUCAGCCUCGUCGAGUGGCUGCCAUCUCUCUUGCUACUAGAGUCUCAGAUGAGAAAAGAACUGAACUGGGGAAGCUGGUUGGCUAUACAGUGCGCUUUGAUGAUGUCACCUCAGAAAACACCAGGAUCAAGUUCCUAACAGAUGGCAUGCUUCUGCGUGAAGCAAUUUCAGACUCGCUGCUCCGGAAAUACAGCUGUGUCAUUUUGGAUGAAGCCCAUGAACGGACCAUCCACACAGAUGUGCUCUUUGGAGUGGUGAAAGCUGCACAGAAGAAGCGAAAGGAACUGGGGAAACUGCCUCUCAAAGUGAUUGUGAUGUCAGCUACAAUGGAUGUGGACCUGUUCUCUCAGUAUUUCAAUGGAGCCCCUGUCCUGUACCUGGAGGGCCGGCAGCAUCCAAUCCAGAUUUUUUACACCAAACAGCCUCAGAAUGAUUACCUGCACGCAGCACUUGUCUCAGUCUUUCAGAUCCACCAGGAAGCCCCUUCUUCUCAGGACAUCCUGGUGUUCCUCACUGGUCAAGAGGAAAUCGAAGCCAUGAGCAAGACCUGCCGAGACAUUGCAAAGCAUCUCCCAGAUGGCUGUCCUGCAAUGCUGGUCCUUCCUUUAUACGCCUCCUUGCCCUAUGCUCAGCAGCUCCGCGUCUUUCAGGGGGCCCCAAAGGGCUAUCGCAAAGUGAUCAUUUCAACCAACAUCGCUGAAACCUCCAUAACCAUUACAGGAAUAAAAUAUGUAGUUGACACGGGCAUGGUUAAAGCAAAGAAGUAUAACCCUGACACUGGUCUUGAGGUGUUAGCUGUGCAGAGGGUGUCAAAGACCCAGGCCUGGCAACGCACCGGGAGGGCUGGCAGGGAGGACAGUGGCAUCUGCUACCGGCUCUACACUGAGGAGGAGUUUGAGAAGUUUGACAAGAUGACUGUGCCAGAGAUCCAAAGGUGUAAUCUGGCGAGUGUGAUGCUGCAGCUGCUGGCGAUGAAGGUCCCAAAUGUGCUCACUUUUGACUUCAUGUCCAAACCGUCCCCAGAUCACAUCCAGGCAGCCAUUGCCCAGCUGGACCUGUUGGGUGCUCUUGAACACAAGGAUGACCAGCCCACUCUGACUCCGAUUGGAAGGAAGAUGGCAGCCUUUCCUUUGGAGCCCAAAUUUGCCAAAACUAUCCUCCUGUCCCCAAAAUUCCACUGUACAGAGGAGAUACUGACCAUUGUUUCCCUGCUGUCUGUGGACAGUGUUCUCUACAACCCUCCUUCACGGCGAGAUGAAGUGCAGGGAGUCCGGAAGAAGUUCAUAUCCAGCGAGGGGGAUCACAUCACUCUGCUCAAUAUCUACCGGACCUUCAAAAACAUUGGCGGAAAUAAGGAUUGGUGCAAAGAGAAUUUUGUUAACAGCAAGAACAUGAUGCUAGUAGCUGAAGUCAGAGCACAGCUGCGGGACAUCUGCUUAAAGAUGUCAAUGCCAAUCAUGUCAUCCCGAGGAGACAUGGAGAGCGUCCGCCGCUGCCUGGCCCACAGCCUCUUCAUGAGCACUGCUGAGCUUCAGCCAGAUGGUACCUAUGCCACCACGGACACCCACCAACCAGUGGCCAUCCACCCCUCAUCUGUCCUCUUCCUCUCUUUUGUGUACACUGAGCUGCUCUACACCAACAAGUGCUACAUGCGAGACCUCUGCGUGGUGGAUGCCGAGUGGCUGUACGAGGCUGCCCCCGAGUACUUCAGGAGGAAGCUCAGAACGGCCAGAAGCUGAGCCACCUCAGGAGGCCGCCAGCAUCACUUCUGCCUGGGAGCCUGGACCUGGCUGUGUUUGCAGCACUUCCAGGUUGGCGCCAGAGAAGUGGCGAGUUUA